GCAUAUAAAAUAUAAAAACCCUGGAGAUUUCUUUUCUUUCCUUCUAAAUUCUUUUUCUUCUUCUCGUCUUCAUUCUUCACUUAUAAAACUAUGGAAUUGAAAGGGUCUUGUCAUUGCGAAAAAGUUCGCUUUACUGUAAAGUCUCAUACACCGGCUCCAUUUAUGCGUUGUCAUUGUACUAUUUGUCGCAAGACGAAUGGCGGUGGUGGAUAUUGUAUCAAUAUCAUGGGUCUUUAUAAGACGCUCAAAGUGCAGGGUGAAGAAUAUCUUCGUAAAUAUCAAGCAAUGCGUGACAAGGAAACGAAAGAAUUAUGUGGCAAUAUACGACACUUUUGUGGUGAAUGUGGAACUCAUUUGUAUGCAUAUGAUAGGAAAUAUGCAGAUUAUGUUUAUCCAGUGGCAUCAUGUAUUGAUACUCCUUUACCAGAAGUGGACCCUAUAACAAAUGUGUAUUACAUUCUCACCAAGGAUAAGGCUAAUUGGGUUGUGAUUCCAAAGGGUGCUAAACAUACUUUUGACAAUUAUCCGGAUUUAUCUUUGGAGGAUUGGCAUAUCAAGAACAAGAAACUGGUGGAUUAGUUAGUUGAUUUUUUUUUUUUUUGAAUGCCAUUAAUAAAAAAGUAAAAAUGAACGUGAAAAUUACAUU